CGUAAUUGGCAUACAAUUCAAACAAACACUAUGGAUCACAGUCUGACAUAUUUUCUUUGGCGUUUAUGUUUGUUCGUGUUAUAUUCUAAAAGCUUGCUUACGGUUGCAUCUUCAACCGGACUGAACAUUGUUUAUAUUCUCGCUGAUGAUUUGGGUUUCAAUGACCUGAGCUACCUAGGAUCAACCCAGAUCCUCACCCCCAAUAUUGACCGCUUAGCCCGCGAAGGAGUGAUUUUUGCGCGGCAUUAUUCGCAGAGCUUGUGCUCCCCUAGCCGAGCAUCUCUACUAACCGGCAAAUAUCCCAUGCAUCUAGGAAUGCAGAACGGCGUUAUCAAAGAAGGCGAGCCUUGGGGAUUAGAUUUAAAUGAGCGCACACUUCCGCAGUUAUUGAAAAAACUAGGCUACUCAACAUACGGUAUCGGAAAGUGGCACCUGGGACAUCAUAAACUUGAUUAUUAUCCAGUACGAAGAGGAUUCGACUCAUGGUUUGGAUUCAUGGGAGCAGAUAUCGAUUAUUUUAACUACACAACCGGAUAUCCCGGUCUUUUCAAUGGAGAAAUGGGACGCGACAUGGUCCGCAACACAGAGCCAGUAUUAAAUAUCACCGGGAUGUACAGCACCGAUUUAUUCGCCGAAGAAGCUGAAAAAGUGAUCCUACAGGCUGAAAACAAUGUUCCUUAUUUCAUCUACUUUGCACCUAACGCGCCACAUGUAGCUACCUAUCGAGAGCCAUUCCAAGCGACUCCGCAGUAUCUUUUGCGCCCUGGAAUACAGGAAAUAACCGACAGCAAUCGACAAAACUAUGCCGCAAUGGUUUCUGGGUUGGAUAAUGCGGUCGGGAGGAUUCACGCGGCUUUGACUUCCAAAAACCAAUUACAAAACACAAUAAUCGUUUUUGCUUCGGACAACGGAGGACAGAUUCCUCAACAAGUCAUCCCCAUACAACCGAUCGGAGCGGCAAACAACUGGCCAUUUCGCGGCGGAAAAGGCAUGUACUUUGAGGGAGGCAUACAUACACCAGCGUUUGUCUGGCUGCCGGCAAAGCUCAGAAACAACAUCGAACCGAUUAACGAUGACCUUUUCCAUAUAAGCGACUGGCUUCCGACGCUCUACGAAGCGGCUGGAGGACGUGAAGAUUCGUCAGAAGACAUUGAUGGCAAAAGUCAAUGGAAACAAAUUUUAGGUCACAAUGAUCAACCAGCUCGUACAGACAUUUUGAUUAAUGUCGACGAAGUAGCUGGUCAAGCGGUACUAGUAACUAGCAACUGGAAACUGCUAAUUGGUCCUGAUAAAUUUCUGCAAAAGGGAGAAAUAAAAUGGUAUCGUCCUCCUGGUACUUCUGAUACUUUUCCCCGGCGGCAAGAAUCCAACGCUUCCAUUAAGUGUGCGCCAGCGGCACUAACAGAAAAACGAUCGUGCGACGGUACAGUGAGAUACUGCCUUUACGAUUUGACGAACGAUCCAUGUGAAACGGACAACGUCGCAAAUGAGCAACCGGGAAUUAUGACGCAGCUAUUAGGGACAAUUGCCCAGUACAGCAAAAGUGCCAUAGCCGGCCGGCAGAAACCGUUUGACGCCCGAGCCGAUCCCAAAUUGCACAACGGAAUGUGGACAGCCUGGGAUGAUAGUAACCCGUGAAUUAACACCUGGAUAAUCCACCUACUGUCCGCUGUCCACACACAGAUUUCGAACAAUAAAAUUUACCAUAAUAUUAAUAUUUCGUAUACUGAAAAUGCUAGUAAGGAGCUAACAAAACUCACAGGCCACAGCAAUUGUCGUUCAAAGUAUUUAUUUUCUCAUUUAUGACAACCGACCAUCGUUUACGGUCUGUACCGAUCAAGUACAGUAACUGCAGGGCGCCGAAUGUAACUGCAGCAGAAGCUACGA